AUGUCUCAGGCAAGUCUUCUCAAGUCCGGUGGCUCAAACAAAGGGAAAGAGACACUGAGACCAAGAUUGCGAGUCAAGCUUCCUGAUUUUGACGAUUCGGAGCUGAUCCAGGGAUACUCAAAGACGUUGAUUGGAAGAUGCAUGAACCCACAGAGGCAGGAUGUGAAGGCGCUGAUCAUCAUCUUUCCACGGAUUUGGAAGAUGGAGAAUCGUGUGACGGGAGCGGACUUAGGCUUGGGAAGAUUCCAGUUUGAUUUUGAUGAGGAAGCGGACAUCAUCGAGGUGUUGAAAAUGGAGCCUUUCCAUUUCGAUUCCUGGAUGGUGUCGUUGGUGAGAUGGCAGCCGGAGUUUGACCCGUUUUAUCCCUUCGAAAUAACUUUUUGGGUCAGGGUACUGCAGCUCCCGCUUGCUUCAAGUUUGGGCGGAACUCACGUUGCGUAG